AUGUUGUGUUCUGAAACUAUUGAUUUGUCAGAUGAAGCCCACACAGAGGAAGGUACAUCAAAGUUAGAUCUAGGAUUUGUCAACUGCACCCCUUACAAAGCCAAAGUAAAACCAGAUGUAACUCCUAUCUACCUUAAACAGUACCCCCUGUCAGAAGCCAAGGUUGAGGGAGUUUGCCCCAUGAUCCAAUCUUUUCUAGAGAAGGGAAUACUAAAGCAAGUAGUUUCCCCAUAUAACACACAUAUUAAUCCAGUUCCUAAAGGUAAUGGUUAUCGCUUAGUUCAGGACUUUAGAGCCCUGAAUAGUUUAAUUGUGCCCAUUGCACCCAUUGUCCCUGAUGUGACAUCCCUCAUUACAGCCAUUCCAUAUGAUGCCACUAGCUUCACUGUCAUUGAUUUAAGUAAUGCAUUUUUUUUCUAUACCUAUUGAUCAAGAGACACCGCUACUUAUGGCUUUUACUUUUGAAGGCUGUCAGUAUACCUGGACAUGCUUACCCCAAGGCUAUGUGGAUUCCCCAGCCGUUUAUUCGCUGGUACUCCAACAUACUCUAAAAACAUGGACCCCCGGUCAUGGUUCCGUCCUUUUGCAAUAUGUUGAUUUGUUGUUAUGUAGCCCUAGUUAUGAGGCAAGCACUGUGGAUACUGUCAGUUUGCUCAAACACUUAGCAACUGUGGGUCACAAGGUUGCAAAACACAAAAUGCAAUUGUGUAAAUCAAAGGUUGAUUACUUAGGUUUUGUUCUGGCUUCAGGCACCAGACAACUGAGUCCAAAACGUAUUGAGGUCAUUCAGAGGAUUCCUAAACCCACUACUUCCUCGGCAUGAUUAAUUACUGCCGCCAAUGGAUCCCUGAAUGCUCCCAUUAUGACUCAAUCCUAUGGAAGGCUAUAUGUUCUGACAGCCCUGAAAAUGUCUGCUAGUCACCAGACAGGCUAGCUGCGUAUAUUGCCCUCAAAGUUGCUAUUGUGCAAGCCCCGGCUUUAGGACUACCUGUGUAUUGUAAACCAUUUCAUUUGUAUGCUCGGGACAACUGUAAAACCAUGGCUGUGGUCUGUGCACAAGAGCAUGGAGGCGGUAUGCGUCCCAUAGCAUUCUUUUCCGAAGUAGUUCCAGCUCCGGUACAGGGUAUGCCGGCGUGUCUCAGAACGUUGGGAGCAUGUGCAAUGGCUGUUGAGACUGCUACUAUCACACUAGGGCAGGGGUAGGCAACCUUUUAGCAGCACUGUGCCGAUAUAGGAUUGUGAUGUCCCGUAGCGUGCCGGUCCUAUUUUUUUUUAAAUUGAAGUGUGUUUGCUGCCGUAGUCUGCUUGUGUUAUUUUUACUGUCAUUGCUUUGUAUCGUUGUAUUUGAGCUAUUAUAUUGUAUAUGUUCAUGAGUAGUUUAUGGUAUUGUGUAUGAUACCUAUGAAUGUGGGCUGUGUAUGAGGGCUGCUUGUGGAAUUGUGUGUGUGGAUGGAUAUGUCACAUUGUGUGUUUGGUAGUGUGUGGGGGCUGUUUGGGGUAUUGCAUGUGAGAGGCUGCAUGUGGGGUUGUGUGCAUGUAUGUGAAUUGUUAGUGGUGUUGCGUUUAAGCGGAUUGUGUGUAUGUUUGUGUGUGGGUUGAUCGUAUUAUUUGUAUGAGGGGGGGGUUAUUCUGCAUUUCUGUGUAUAUCUAGCAGUGCGGGUGGCUUCCCUGGGUUCCAGGCUGGCCAGGUACAGGUCAAGGACAGGAGCUGCAAUAGCAACUGCGAGCUGCUCUACUACUGUGUGGAUUCCCAUUCACAAGUGCUGGAAUGAAGUGCUCUGAGAUCACUUCCUCUACGUGCUGCAAUGCAUAAAUUGAGGAUUGUCCUUCACCACCUCUUCGUAUUAGCAGAUAUCUGAAGUUUUACUGGGACUCCUGAUAGGCCAGAGCAGCCUUGAGUGCCGUGCAUGGCACUAGUACCGUAGGUUGCCUACCCCUGCACUAGGGCAUCCUACAAUACUCCAUACCAGUCACCAGGUCACUCAGCUUAUAAAAAAAUCUCACCACACAACACGACAGCCCAGAGCUUAAGUGGUUAUGAGAUUAUUCUUCUUAAUACCCAGAAUCUGUCUAUUGUCUAUAGUCCUGUUUAUUCUGGUCCUAUCUCUGUUUUGCAUGCUAUUCUCACUUCUGCAUCUGACUGUGACUAUACCAUCUGAGCCUCAUAAUUGCAUUGAACAAAUACAUAUUGCCACAUUUCCCAGAGCAGACCUCUCCUCCACAGCACUCAGUGGCCCGGAUGUGACCACUGUCUUUGUGGAUGGCUCUUGCUCCAGACCAAAUGACGGUACGUACCUCACAGGCUAUGCCGUGGUACAGUUACCUGAUAAAAUCAUUGAAGCUGACACUAUUUUCCAGCCGUCUGCACAAGCUGCAGAACUCAUUGCUCUCACACGUGCCUGUCCGCUUUUCUCAGGACAGCGAGUGAACAUUUACACAGACUCACGAUAUGCUCAUGGGGUAGUGCAUGAUUUUGGUGUGAUUUGGAAACAAAGAGGCUUUGUAGGAGCCGAUGGAAAAGCCAUUUCACACACAAAUCUCAUCCAAUCACUCCUAGAUGCUAUCCUACUCCCAUCUGAAGUAGAGGUUAUCCACUGCCAGGCACACACUCUGGGUAGUGAUGACAUUUCCAGAGGUAAUGCCUUGGCUGACCAAGUGGCAAGAGACGUUGCAGCCAAGACUCUUUACUAUGAAAUGUUUCCUGCUAUGCUCACACCUCCCACAUGCCCUACUGACAGUUUGCUUUUGCAGCUCCAAGCCUUUGCAACGCAAUCUGACUUUGAUUUUUGGAUUAAACAAGGUUUAGAGAAAGAUCAGAAUGAUCUUUUCUCUAAAGAGGGGAUAAUAGGCAUACCUGAAGCCAGCUCCUUUAUUUUCAUCAGUCAGGCACAUGGUCCCGGUCACAAAAGCAUAGCAAGCACCAUCCAAUUCCUCAUGAAUUCAUUUUAGAUUAGGAAUCUCAGGCAGCAUGUAGAGUCUUUUGUAAGAUCGUGUGAACCAUGUAUGAGAACACAUCCUAAUAUUCCACACAAAUCACAGCACGAACAUUUGCACCCUCCAGCUGCUCCUUUUACACACUUACAGAUUGAUUUUACUCAUGUACUCAGAAUUGGUAAGAAACAGCAAUACUUACUGGUCAUAGUUGAUCAGUUUAGUAGAUGGCCCGAGGCCUUUGUGACAUCUAGGGAAGAUGCUAGGACUGUAGUGAAGAUUCUUGCUACUGAAAUUAUUCCCAGGUAUGGCUACCCUCUGCAGAUUAACUCUGAUAAUGGCCCAGCUUUUGCCAGUAAGGUUACCCAGGAACUUGCUAAAUUCUUGCAAGUUACCUGGAAGUUUCAUAUUGUCACAUAUCCAUCUGACACUUUUCCCUCACCUGGUGCUCAACGGCCAGAAGCUUGCAGUCCUGACUAUCUCAGCAUACAGUCUGGCACCGGCCAUUGCACAUCCACGGGCCAAAAUAACCCCGCGAGCACACACGUGACAGCGGGUGCACGCGCAUGUGAACGCGCACUGCACACGCACAUUUUGGAGCCAAAAUACCAAGCUGACCAAUGGAAAUGGGAGGAUGGAUAUAAAAACCUAGUAUGACCUCCACCCAGUGCCCUGUCGUGGUUUCCCAUGUGGUUGUCCGAGAGCGCAUUCCUGUUUAUAGUUUUCUACUGGUUUUUGACUUUGGCUUUGCUUAUUGACUUCUCUGUAUUCUGGUAUCCUGACUCCUGGCUUUCCUCAUCGUUGGGUCCCUUUCUGUGUUCCCUGACCUCUGCUAGUAUUUUGACUAUUCUAUGUACUUUAAAUCCGGCCAGUCUAAGGAUCGGUAAUACAUUACUUAUGUCAUCUAGGCUAUACAGUUCUACGUGCUGGAUCAUACAGUAAUCCUGAUAUUACGACAUUGCCAUAGAUCCUGUAGAACUGUGUCAGCACAUAGCUGCUUGCGAGAGGAAAUUCUAGGAGAAUGAUCACCGCAUGGAUCAAUUUGCUCAGGCUUUCAGUACGCUUCUCGCUAGAACGGCGCAUCUGCAGCGUCUCCUCCUAUAGCACCUCAAACCUGUGUACCUCCACCCACUGUUACUAGGACUCCCAGCAUCUCCUUAUCGCCAUCCCUACAUUUUGAUGGCAAUAUCCAGGAAUGCAGGGGAUUUCUUAAUCAGGUGGAGUACCAUUUUGAGGCCUUACCAGGGUUGAUCCCCACGGACAGAGCAAAAAUUGGUUCUCAUGAAUCAAUUAGAGGGCAAGGCCCUUGCCUGGGCUAAUCCAUUAUGGGAGAGUAAUCGGAGCAUUGCUCAUAAUCACCAGGAAUUCCUUGCUGAAUUCAAGCUCACGUUUGAGCCAUUGGGUAGAGAGGAUGACGCCUCCACUGAUGCACAUCAGACAAGGUAACCGGUCUAUCUUGAAUUAUACUAUUGAAUUCCAUACCUUAGCUUCCGAGGUAGACUGGACUAACAAUGGGAUAAUAUCAGCAUUCAAAAAGUCUUUCUGAGACUAUACUAGAUGAGAUAGCCGCUAAAGAAUUACCAAAGAGUCUUAACGAAUUUAUUACGUUUGUCAUGCAUAUUGAUGAUAGGUUAAGACUCAGAAGUCACCAGAAGCAAGACCAGACGUACGGCUAUGUCUCUAGCACCCAGAUUCUCUAAACCUGUUUUGCUAACCUCCCUGUACAGACCAAACCCGAACCUGAACCUAUGCAGUUGGGGGUCACUAGACUGUCGGAGGCCGAAAGACAGUAUAGGAGAAAGGAAGGGAUAUGCCUAAUAUUGCGAUAGAAAUGGACAUAUGAUAACUGGUUGCCCAGUGCGUCCGGAAAACAUCCGCACCUAAGAACCUUAAGGGGACAGGUCUUGGGUGUGAUGGAGUUGUCCUCUAACAAAAAUAAAAGUAGAUUCCUCUUUGCAGUAUCUAUUUCCCUUGAUAACAAGAGGUUUUCUUGCAGUGCCCUAAUGGACUCAGGUGCUGCUCGAAAUUUUAUUGAUGUCCAGUUUAUUAGGGGUAAUGAGAUACCAGUCAGGGAGAGACCUACGCUGCUAGCUGUAGAGGCUAUUGAUGGUAGACCACUCACACAACCGCUUAUAACCCACGAAACUGUCCCUAUUAUGGUCUCUAUUAAGGCCUCCCAUAGGGAGGAGAUGACGUUUCAGAUUAUUACUUCUCCAUCAUGUCCUAUCACAUUAGGGUUUCCAUGGCUGAGUAAGCACAAUCCUUAUAUUGACUGGGCUAAUGGGAAAAUAUUGGAAUGGGGUAAGAAGUUUAUGGGGAGAUGUAUAAAACCAGUAAUAAAGAGAUUGGGUACUAUUGACCUUCCCACUACCACUCCCCAAAAUCCUGGAGUUCCCAUACAAUACCGAGAACUUCAGGAGGUGUUUAACAAGGCUCAAGCCGAUGUAUUGCCUCCCCACAGAGCAUAUGACUGUGCCAUUAACCUGUUUCCAAGCGCUAUGCCUCCUAAGGGGACAGUUUAUGCUUUAUCUCCCCAGGAGAGUAAAAUAAUGGUGGAAUACAUCAAAGAAUCUUUGAGCAAAGGGCACAUAAGAAAGUCAUCCUCAGCAGCUGGUGCAGGAUUCUUUUUUGUUGAGAAAAAGGGUGGUGAGUUACGCCCUUGCAUAGACUACAGGGCACUUAAUAAAAUCACUGUAAAAAAUGCAUACCCUAUCCCACUCAUUUCCAAAUUGUUCGAUAGACAACAGGAGGCUAAAGUAUUUACUAAGCUCGACCUUAGCAGCGCUUACAAUUUGGUUAGAAUUAAAGAGAAUCAUGAGUGGAAGACGGCAUUUAAUACCCGCAGUGGACACUAUGAGUAUCUGGUAAUGCCAUUUGGGUUAUGCAACGCCCCGGCCGUUUUCCAAGACUUUAUAAAUGAUGUACUCAGGGAAUUCAUUUGUCUUGGUUUAUUUGGACGAUAUUUUGGUGUAUUCCCCUGAUCUUCAAACUCACCACUCCCAUGUGAAACAGGUUCUGCAGACGUUGUUGAAAAAUAAACUUUAUUGUAAAUUAGAAAAGUGCAUUUUUGACCAGCCUGAAGUCCACUUUUUGGGUUACAACAUCUCUGCAUCUGGGUUUCAAAUGGAUCCUUAAAAACUAGAGGCUGUACUACACUGGCCAUUACCCUCAUACUGUAUUCUGGUAUCCUGACUCCUGGCUUUCCUCAUCGUUGCGUCCCUUUCUGUGUUCCCUGACCUCGGCUAGUAUUUUGACUAUUCUAUGUACGUUAAAUCCGGCCAUUCUAAGGACGAGUAAUACGUUACUUAUGUCAUCCAGGCUAUACAGUUCUACGUGCUGGAUCAUACAGUAAUCGUGAUACAUAUAACCUAUCAUCCACAUUCAGGGGUAGUUGAAAGGAUGAAUAGGACCAUUAAGGAGAAGCUUAGGAAAGCUACUGCAGGAACAUGGGUAAAUUGGACAAAAUAUCUCCCAGCUAUUUUAGCUGAGAUAAGAAUGACUCCCCACAAGGUGACUAAAUUAUCUCCAUUUGAGAUUCUGAUGGGAUGACCUUUUCCCACACCCUGGGCCAGGGAAUCGCUUGUUAUAAUGUCUGGGGAUUUACAGCUUAUACAAGAACAAUAUGUACAGGAGUUGUUGAUAAAACUGAAUGGUAAAUAUCGCAUAUAUAUAUAUGGCAAUGUUUCUUCGCAGUUUCCCUUACCUUCACAAGAACCUACUCAUCCAUACCAGCCCGUUGACAAGGUGUAUAUCCAUCAGCUGAAUAGGACCAAGAAAGGAGGAUACCUUUUCGAACCACCUGCUACUGUGAUUGCUGUAACCACAACCGCUGUCCUCACAGAUUCCCACGACAUCUGGAUUCACGCAUCCCGAGUGAAGCUGUGUCCAAAGAGGGGAAUCAAGGAAGACAAGACCACUCCUCACUCGGAAACAGAAGAAUUUCCUUUCACACCAUAUCGUAGAUUGAGAGGAUCAUACGAACCUGAGACCAAGAUUAUGUUUUGCGCUAUGCUUUCUGGAGUUGUUAUACUCCCUCUGAUAUUGUUCCUUCAAUGCCAUUAUGAGUACAAGUCAAUUGGAAGUUUGAAACCUGUUUGUUUCUGGAGAAAAGACUCUGACCCGAUGAACAAUUCUUCAAUACCCUCAGCCCAAUUAGGCCCUAGCCCCUCAUCUAGCAUUUGUCACACGCUCCCUAAAGAACCUUUCUCCACCACCUAUCUAUCAGCAUGUAAUAUGCAAUCAUUCAUUGACUGAACGCAUUUGGAUGAAUUGGACAAAUAACCCUUAUAAGUACCCAUAUGGAAUGUGUCCACAGCUAAUGAAACUGAUGCAUUAUGUUUGUUUGAAGGUUCACGGAAAAUUGUUAGAUCUUAUAUCACAGGAACUUGCACAAUUAAGGUUGCUAAUUACACUGGUAUUUGUGCUACCUUAUUUAAUAUAAGUUCUGAUAGUAAGAAAAAAACACCUCAACAAGUUUGGGAUAUAUAUUAUAAGAAAAUUAGUAAGGUUGCAUAUCAAUGUAAACAGACAGGCCUUAUUACUUUUAAUAAUGAUUAUACAACUGGUAUCAUUAAUUGGAAAAGGGGACAAAUGUCAUUAUGAACGACACUGCAAUUGAGAACUGUACACUACCUUAUAUUUUACACCUUAUUACGGUCCUUUAUCCUCUACCAUUGAACCAAAAGUCAACAAUGACACACACCUAUUACGUCCACAUGUGUUCAUACAACUGCCUUCUUACAAGAUGUACAUGUGUCAUUAAAAAUCACUACUCCUGUUCGAACAUUAUGUAACACAGCAAACAAAAGGCAGAAAAGGGAAUGGUAUGACACACUGUUAGGAGGUGCAGGAACCACUAUGGGUAUACUAAAUAGUAUAGACAUGGAGACCCUCAAGAAUAAGUUAAACACGGCCAGCAUGAAGCAGCCGACAUAUCUGUUUGGCAACUAACCUCCCUACAAAGAUAAUUACUAGUAAUACAAGUAUCAAUCUACCUCUCCCCUUUUCAGGAUGUUUGACUAAUGGUUAGAUCUUAAUGGCACCCAAUAUUAUUUCAGCGACACAAUCACUUUAGACAAACAUUAAUGCCCUAUUAAGGCUCUCUACUUUUUAAAGAUUACCAUUUACCUCUUGAGACUAUUGUCUCCUUAAUGAAAGGAAAACAAAAUAUGUUUAAACAUCUUGUUACACAUAAUGAUGCUAUAGUACACACACAGGUAGCCACACAUAUCCUAAAAGGAGAACUCCUUAAGGUGAGUUCACAAAUUCAGAAUGAUUUAGCCCAUCAUUGGUACAAUGCUUUUACUGGUUGGUCCCCUACUGGAUCCCAGAUAAUUAAAUCAUUCUUCUAUCCUCUUGUUAUUAUAGUCAUGAUUUUAUUGUGUAUGAUUUUAUAUAACUGCCACCUUAGUUGUACAUUGAGGAAGAUAAUACAGAAAUUAAUCCAUAAUGCAAAACAGAAACAACUGGAAAUCCUCCUCUCUUCCACUGGAGGGUAUCAACCCAUCUUUGAAACUGGGCCUUAGGAAUUAUCAAAUGGGAAUCGAGGUGAAGAAAUUAAUGAAAGUCCCGCAGGGAGUGACUAGCACCCCUGAAAAUACCAUGUUGAAGUUUCUCUUUCCUGGGAAGAUUUUAUCAAUAAUAUGAGCAAUUUUUUUGCUCAAAGAGGGGAAUGUAAGGAUAUGAAAUAGUUAACUCUGUUUUAUAUGCUUUAAAAUAAUGUUUGAAAUAAUUAUGCUGACCUUGGCAGAUGUAUUCUAUAACAUGCUUUGAGAGGCCUCCCUUCUACAGGAUGUAUGACCUCAGGAUGUUCCUGUCCCGUCUUUAUUCAAAUGCUUAUCUUUUAAUGUCAGACAAGUAUGUAUUAUUAACUACAAGGCAACGAUAAAUCUUGCUGCUUGCGUGACAAACUUUGUAUAAAUGCUAGCCCAUAAAAUAUACUCACUGAGAACUUGUUAAGCACUCUUUCGUGUCUGUGUCUUAAUUUGCUAAACAAGAACUCCCGUCAAUUGAUGUGGUUACCGGAGAAUUGAGGGGAGUUGAGUCCAGAACAGCAUUAACCCUUUCAAAAGAGACAAUACAAAAAGUUGUAGUAAUGUGAGCAGUAUGAUAUGCAAUUACACUUUAAAAUAAAUAUAUAUAUAUAUGUUACCGCUAAAGUGAGAAAUCCGUUAAUGUGCACAUUACCUAGUUAAUCUGCAGAUUAACUGAUUUGUUCCGUUAAUGAGCGGAAUCAAGAGUUUUCCGCAUUUUACAUAGGUAAUGUGCACAUUAACGGCUUCCGUAUCGUUAAAGUGCAAAAUUUUUGUUUCUUUCCCUCGGUAAAGAGGAAUUAUUUAUUACAAAACAUCCUUGCAGAACCUGUUUCACCCUUUCAGUGCAGUGGCUGCAGAGUCGUUCACUUCUCGUCUGAAGGCAGAAUGAUUCUGUGUGAACCUGUCUCAAUUCAUUUGUGAGCAAGUUCCUUUCAAUGCCCUGCACCAAAUUCUCAAAGCACAGACGCAUGGCUUGUUGCUUCUCAGGGGGCUGGCUACUAACAAUGCUGCUCCGUACGUCCGAGAAAUACUCCUUGAGGAGAAUGAGACCAAGGAGAGGUCUGCUCAUGGACCACUGAUUCAGACAGUCUUCAAAUAUAUGAUGAAAUUGAGAACAGUGGAGAGCAUCUGCUGGGAUCAUUUCAGGGUGUUGCCGCAUAAUGUGCAGGAAGCGCUCGCUCUCUUGUGGAGGAGGGGCUCCUCGCUUCUUACCAGUUCGGGAUAACUGUUUGAAGAGGUAUGGGACUAUGUGAUCCAGACAAGAAUAGAACAGCAGCCUGUGCACACCAUGGUGUCCUCUAGAGCUUUGAGCCCCUCAGAGGGAUGGAGGACAGAAUGAUUUUUGCACUUUAACGAGUGCCUAGUAAGUAAUGUGCAGAUUAUCUAGGUAAUGUGAGAAAUAUUUGAGAAAUGAAAAAUUUUCGGCACUUUAACUGAUCGACCUAUUUAAUCUGCAGAUUAACUAAGUAAUGUGCACAUUAACUGAUUUCUGCACUUUAAUGGUAACACAUACAAUCUUGACCCUAACUCCCCAUCCAACUAUCGUCCUAUCUCGCUACUGCCUUUUGCAUCCAAGAUCCUUGAGAAAAUUGUGUAUGCAAGAUUGACAGACUUCCUCAAGUCCAACUCUCUGCUAGAACUGCUUCAGUCUGGUUUCGGCACUAAGCACCCUGUGAAUACGGAACUGACCAAAGUAUCCAACGAUCUACUCGCUGCAAAAUCUCGUGGUCACUACUCUAUCCUAAUUCUCCUUGACCUGUCUGCGGCUUUUGACACGGUUGAUCAUCAACAGCUUCUUCUCAUCCUCCGCAAUAUCUGUCUACAAGAUAUUGCUCUCUCCUGGUGCUCCUCCUACCUCUCCCAGCCCUCUUUCAGUGUUUCUUUCUCUGGCUCUGCUUCUUCUCCCCAACUCCUCUCUGUUGGUGUCCCCCAAGGUUCAGUCCUUGGUCCCCUACUGUUCUCCAUCUAUACUGCCUCUCUUGGUAAACUCAUUAGCUCCUUUGGCUUCCAAUAUCAUUUCAAUGCAGAUGACACGCAAAUCUACCUGUCCUCUCCUGAUCUCUCCCCGUCCCUCUUGACUAGUGUCUCUGACUGCCUCUCUGCUGUUUCUAACUGGAUGGCUGCCCACUUCCUUAAACUAAACUUGACCAAAACUGAAAUUCUGGUCUUUCCUCCCUCAAAUGUUGUUACUCCUGUGUCUGUCUCCCUCCAAGUCAACGGUGCUACCAUCAGCUCCACCACGCAGGCUCGCUGCCUAGGUGUUCUCUUUGACUCCGACCUCUCCUUCAAGCCUCAUGUUCAAUCUAUCGCCAAAUCCUGUCAUUUCCAUCUAAAAAACAUUGCGCUCAUCCGACCCUACUUAACGCCAGAUGCGACUAAAGGUGUUGGUCCAUUCCACUGUCCUUUCUCGCCUUGACCACUGUAAUCCACUUCUCAGUGGUCUUACGUGCUCCCAACUAGCGCCGUUACAGUCCAUAAUGAAUGCGACGGCAAGGCUCAUCUUCCUGUUCGCACCUCCCAUGCCUCACCCUUCUGUCAAUCCCUACAUUGGCUUCCUAUAAAAUAUAGAGCUCAAUUUAAAAUUCUGGUUCUUGCUUUCAAAUCUCUACCUAAUGCUGCUCCCACCUAUCCUCCCUUAUACACAUAAGUAUGUCCCGUCUAGGCCCUUACGAUCUGCUGAAGACUUACGUCUAUCGUCUGUCCGUACUCCCCCCUCUGAUGCUCGCCUUCAAGAUUUCUCGAGGGCUGCACCGUUCCUGUGGAACUCACUUCCCUCCUCCGUUAGAUGCUCACCCAGUCUCCACUCCUUCAAAAAAAUCGUUAAAAACCCACUUCUUCAUAAAAGCGUAUCCAUUAAACUGUUAAUAGCUCCUGACUGAUUCCUCUUCUGCAACUGUCACUGGUUUAAUACUAACCUUACCUUUUUGUGUCAUUUUACCCCACUCCCUCUAGCAUGUAAGCUCAUUGAGCAGGGCCCUCAACCCCUCUGUUCCUGUGUGUCCAACUUGUCUGGUUACAAAUACAUGUCUGUUCGUCCACCCAUUGUAAAGCGCUGGGGAAUUUGACGGCGCUCUAUAAAUAUCAUAAUAAUAUAUAUAAAAAUAUAAACAGUCCUUGGACUCACACUUAUUAGCAGUGUUCGCCGGGUGCUAGAAAUCCAGGGAAAAAUAUGUAGGUCUCAGGUAGUGAUCAGCACUCACGGUCUUGCAAAGUUAAAAGUUCAAAGUUUAUUAUAAAUCCUUUAAAUUCGACCAACGUUUCAGUUCCCACUGGGAUCUCUACACCGUAAUUCCACAUGAGCAAGGGGUAGAGGCAAUGAGACAAACCCUCUGCUCCUUCACAACGUAUAAUGGGCCACCAAUUGAGUAUGUGUUAGAGUUACUGUCACUGACGUUGAAAAAUAACUAGUUCAGAUUCGAAGAGGAUUGGUUCUUACAAAAUUGCGGGCACAUCCAUGGCCCCCAUGCACAUUUUUUCCAAGUUUAAACACCUGAUUAUGGCAGAUUUUCUAUAUUGACGACCUGUUGAUUUUUCUGGAAGGGCAAUGAAAUGGAAGCUACAGAAAUGGUCCGGUACCUAAAUAGUCUCGAUACACUGAUCAGAUUCACAUCAAAUAUUAGUGCUUCUUCAGUACAAUGUUUAGAUUUAGAAAUAUCGAUCAAAAACCAUAAGAUCACAAAUUGCCUGUACAAAAAAAAGAUACAGAUCGCAAUACGUUGCUACAGAAUUACAGUGCACAACCAAGGAUGUCAAAAAAAUCAUUACCUAAAGCACAGGAGAGGGGCUACAGACGCCAGGACCUGUUGAAAGCUCAACAAGAAGCAAAAAUUGCUAGCGCCAACAUGGUAGCUAGAAAAGCUCCUGCAUUAGUCUUUUCGAUGUCCUACAACGACGCUUCACCCAAGAUUGCCAGGGUAAUUAAACAUAACUGGAAAAUGUUGGCAAGUGAUGAUACCUUGCCUAAAGUUUUUAAGGAAAAGCCUUUGAUUUGUUUUAGAAGAAAUAAAACGUUGAAAGAUAUUUGUCCAUACAGAUCCCGUGAAUAGUUAUAGAAAAAAUUCAGGAACCCAAUACCGUGGCAGUCUUCGCUGCCUGGGAUGUGUCACAUGUAGACACAUGACUCCAUCACGAAGCUUCCAACAUCUCCACAAAAGCAAGCUCUAUCGAAUUCAACACACUAUCACGUGUAAGACUCCAUAUGUAGUAUACAAACUAAUGUGUCCAUGCGGACUAUCAUACAUUGGGAAAACAGAAAAAUCCCUUUGUGAAAGGAUACGUGGGCAUAGAUCAGCUAUACGGAUAGCGUAUCGUGAUGGACAUUCUGAACAACCAGUGGCACAACAUUUUUUGGAUUUGAAACAUCCUCUCUCAACCCUCAAGUUCAUUGCCAUAGAUCAUAUCCCCCAACCUAUGUGGGGUGGAGACCGGGGAAAACUUUUGCUCAAUAGAGAGAGACUCAUUGGAUUUUUCAGCUGGAUACAAUUGCUCCCAAAGGACUAAAUGAGUAGACUUCAUCAUUCACUUCUUUAAAAAACAAACAAACAAAAAAAAAAAAACGACCCCAGUUUUAAAUAAUAUUUUAGAAUAUUGUUUUAUUAUACUUAUCUAGGUCCACAAAUUAAGAAUAUUGGCAAAGUGAGAAAGAUGUUUAAUUGUUCUUUCAUGUUAAUACAUCACUAACUCAUUUUUUGUGGAACAAGUUUCACUUUAAACUUACACUAACAGCACUUCAACAAUUACAUAGCACUUUGUAGUAGCACUUUAAACACUCACUGAACUACUGUACCACUUUAAUAAUCAUAUAGCACUUUCAAAAUAUUUAUGCACUUUAUAACAAAAGCAUUUAUUCACUUUAGAGUUUUAGCCUUAGUAGGUACUUUAUAGGAUAAAAACACUCUAAACAACUUAAAGAUCUUUAGUAUAAUUAAGUGUAUAUCUAAGAAUUCUACACUUAUGCCUAGUUCAUGCGUUAACCUAUGAUAUAUGUAUUUUUAUAACUUCAUCAACUAUUGCACUUAAUCUCUAUUCUGGCACAGUCCAAUCUAAUAGGUAUAAACCUAUCACUGCUUUAUUAGCUGUGUUUUUAAUGAGCAUCAUUCUAUCGCACAAUUCUUGCCGUGCAUUUACACUGGUGGUCAUAGCAACCUAAUUCACAUCCCACUCUUGUUAUAGGUUUACUUUUGGUUUCUAUAGUAUAUUGGAUGCCCCGUUGCCAUAGCAACCCGGGACAUCAUGACGUCAAGUGGAGGCGUGGCUUAGUCCAUGGAUCCAUUUUUAAUGAGCACCAUCCUCGUUAUGUGUUUACAUUGGUGGCUAUAGCAACCCUAUACACGUCCCAGUAUUGUUGUGUAUCUGUCCUUGUUUUACCAGUACUUUAUCAGACGCCCGGUUGCCACGGCAACAAGUGACGUCAUAACAUCACGUAGGGGCGUGGCUUAGUCCACGCAUGCGCACAGAGCACUGGGGAACGCUAGCAGCUCCACUCCCACCACCAGGG